CUUGAAACGGAGUCGUCUGAACUGCUGUGAGAGUUGGCUGCUGUUGAACUUUGGAAAUGUCAAUUUAAGUUUGUUAAGUGUUUGUUAUGUUAAUAGGAUGCCGAUAUUCAGUGAGACAUAUUCAUGAUGAUAUAGUGUUUUAUGUUUAAAACAUGGCACAAGAGACAGAUGAUAUUAAUUUGACCCCUCAAGAAUUGCAGGUUCUAUCGGAACUUGACAGUCGGCAGUUUGGAUUCUUGAAAUUGAACUCUCCCGAGCAAAGCAAGAAAAAAGAGUUAGUUGUUAAGGCUGUGAAGUAUCUGGAGCGAAUGCUGGUACAAGCUCAAGAGCAGAAGCAGCGUAACAAGACACUCCGCAAGGAUGAGAACAAGAGUCCAGAGUCCAGCAGCAAGGACAUCAAUAUUGACCCUAAAACAUUCUGCAAGCUGGGCCACUUCCAUCUGCUGCUGGAGGAUUACUCGAAAGCGAUGUCGGCCUACCAGAAGUUCUUCAAACUCAAGCCUGAUCAUUGGAAGGAUGCUAACUUUUUGUACGGUCAAGGUCUGGUGUACUUCCACUUCAAUGCCUUCCAAUGGGCAAUCAAGGCGUUCCAGCAAGUGCUGUAUGUAGAACCAAGCUACUCACGAGCCAAUGAGGUCCACCUGCGGCUAGGGUUGAUGUUUAAAGUUAACAACGACUGGGAGUCUGCGCUUAAACACCUCCAGCUAUCUCUGAUAGACACCAGUCCUAGCACUUUCUCUAAACUAGAAAUUAAGUUCCACAUUGCCCACCUGUAUGAGGUCCAAGGGAAGUAUAAGGCUGCCAAGGACAACUACGAGCAGCUGCUCAAGGAUAAAGAGCUGCCCACUCACCUCAAGGCUGACAUCUGUAGGCAGCUAGGAUGGAUGUACCACUGUGUUGAGACUCUAGGGGAGAAGAGCUCCAGGGAGAACCUUGCCAUUCACUGUCUGCAGAGGUCUAUAGAGGCCGACCCCAAGAGUGGACAAUCGCUCUAUCUGCUCGGGCGUUGCUACGCUAGUGUAGGCAAAGUCCACGACGCCUUCAUCGCUUACCGCAAUUCAGUUGAGAAAUCCGAGGGAAAUGCAGACACGUGGUGUUCAAUUGGUGUGCUGUAUCAACAGCAGAACCAGCCCAUGGAUGCUCUGCAGGCCUACAUCUGUGCAGUCCAGCUAGACAAGAGUCAUUCGGCCGCCUGGACCAAUCUAGGAAUCCUGUACGAAAGCUGCAAUCAGCCACGUGACGCUUAUGCCUGUUAUGUGAAUGCUACCCGCGGAGGAGACAGUGCCAACAACAACGUGCCCUCAGUCAGCACUUCUGUGUCUCCGCGUGCCACACAAGUGGGCAUGAACCCCAACCUCAGCCAGAGGAUCAAGUUUCUGCAGACCCACCUAGGAAACGCUCCGAUGCCCAGCAUUACCAGCAAACGGCGGCAGUUGCCAUCCAUUGAGGAGGCAUGGAAUCUGCCGAUAUCUGCGGAGAUGUCAUCCCGGCAACAACAACAGCAACAACAACAGAAUAACAACAACACCAACCAACAACGGAAUGGCCAGCAACAGGGAUAUCACCAGAAGAGUUUACAGCACCAAGUGUCUCCGCAAGGUCCUCCUCCGCCCUACCCUGUACAGCAACAGCAAGUCGCACCACCCAAGAGGUUCAAGACGGAGACACCAGAGGUGGCAAGCAGGAUUGCACCUCAUGUCCAGCCCACUGCCAGCCCCGCCCCUCCUGCCCCCUCCCCAACCCCUAACUUCUACCUGAACCAGCAACAGCUGCAGAUGCUCCAGGUGUUGCAGCAGAAUGCAGCCAAUCUGAACCCCUCACAGCAGUCUGUGCUCCAAUCACUACAACACCAGUACAGGCUGAUGCAGCAACACCAGUUGAGGCUACAGCAGCAGAGAGCGCGGCAGCAGCAGCCUGGAAGCUAUCAGCCCUCCGUCAUCAAGUCCUACCCGCAGCAGGGAACAGUUGCACCCCAGACCUUGAGUGCUGACAAUAACAUGGUGCCAGGGUACAUGGCUGCCACACCCUCGUCUCCUGGCAUGCCGUACAAGGCUGCUACCCCUUACCAGUACCAGUACGGCACCUCCCAGCCUGCCGGAUACACACAGCUGUCCUCACCGAGUGACGCCUACCGAGUGCCUGUGAACAAGACUCCCACCCCUAGCUCCGACUUGGUGAGUGAUCAGGAGCUACAAGCCUUGCUGUCACAUAAAGAUAUCGCCACGUCGCUAGCCGAGGACCUGCUCAAACACUUCGGCUCGCCUGGACCCGCUGAUGAGGACUCGGUACAAACACCUACAGAACAACAAACUCUAAGCUCGGGUCCGUUUUCUCCGUCCAAUCUGCCACAGCCUGUGGAAUCACCCAAGCCAAGACCGCCGCCCUCCCCAGCUACGAGUCCUGUGCAGCCCACCUCAGUUAAGCAGGAGCCUGUAGAGCGACUCAAGUCACCACCGCUGUGUGUCAAGGAGGAAGAGAGGCUCUCUUCGCUGUGCGGGUCACAGCCAGAGGCCGAGUGCUCGAUAGAGAUGGAUGCCAAGAGCGUCCUGGAGUCGUGUAAGGGCCAAGGGCUCCAUGGCCUGACCAACUGUAGUAUUCUGAGUGACAAGGCCGCUCCACCUCAACCCCCUGACCCGCCCUCGGUCCGCCUUACCAGGGAGCAGCUCCUCCCCCCCACUCCCUCUGUGUUCCUGGAGAACAAAAAAGAUGCCUUCAGCCCACAGCUACAGGAGUUCUGCCUCAAACAUCCCAUUGCUGUGGUGCGUGGCCUUGCUGCAGCACUCAAGCUGGACUUGGGGCUGUUCUCGACGAAGACACUGGUGGAGGCAAAUCCUGACCAUACGAUAGAGGUACGAACACAAGUGCAGCAAACGUCAGACGAGAACUGGGACCCACAGUUCCCGGGCAAGCGUGUGUGGGCAUGUAUCAGUCAUCGGUCCCACACCACCAUCGCCAAAUAUGCUCAAUACCAGGCCUCCAGCUUCCAGGACAGUCUCAAGGAAGAGCGAGAUCGUGCUGCAGGAAUACACACUCCCUCAGCUAACAACAGUAACAAUAACCUUAGCGACUCUGACAGCAAAGACUCCACUGGGACUGUACGCAAGAAAAAAGGAUCUUCUGUCACGGGUAUCGCUGGGUUGAAGGCACCACCUGGCUCCAAGAUGCUGCGGUUCGGCACCAAUGUAGACCUAUCAGAUGAGCGCAAGUGGCGGCAACAGCUGCAGGAGUUGACCAAACUGCCAGCCUUUGCACGGGUCGUCUCAGCCGGCAACAUGUUGAGUCACGUCGGCCAUGUCAUUCUCGGCAUGAACACUGUACAACUUUAUAUGAAGGUACCAGGCAGCCGGACGCCGGGACACCAGGAGAACAACAACUUCUGCUCCAUCAACAUCAACAUCGGUCCUGGUGACUGUGAGUGGUUCGCCGUACCUGAUGCUUACUGGGGUGUUGUCUACAAUCUUUGCGAGAGAAACCAUCUCAACUACCUACACGGUUCUUGGUGGCCGGCAUUAGAAGACUUGUAUGAGGAAAAUGUGCCAGUCUACCGGUUCCUCCAGCGGCCGGGUGAUCUCGUCUGGGUCAACUCAGGAUGUGUACAUUGGGUGCAAGCUGUGGGCUGGUGUAACAACAUCGCGUGGAAUGUCGGUCCGCUGACAGCCAGACAAUACCAUCUGGCCAUCGAGCGUUACGAGUGGAACAAGCUGCAGAGUUACAAGAGCAUUGUGCCUAUGAUACACCUGUCGUGGAACCUGGCGCGCAACAUUAAGGUCUCCGACCCUAAACUGUUUGAGCUCAUCAAAAACUGCUUGUUGCGCACAUUGCGCCACUGUGCCAAGAUCCUAGAAUAUGUCAAAUCGAAGGGUGUUGAGGUGCGUUUCCACGGACGGGGGAAGAAUGAGGCAUCGCAUUACUGUGGACAGUGCGAGGUGGAAGUGUUCAACAUUCUGUUCAUUCGGGAACAAGAGAAGCGCCACGUCGUUCACUGUCUGGAUUGUUCCCGCAAGCAGGCCCCAGGACUCGAGGGCUUUGUCUGCCUGGAGGAGUACCGCAUGUCUGAGCUCAUGCAGGUCUUCGACAACUUCAUCCUACAUCCUGUUCAAAGCCCAAGUAACUCGAUGGUAUGACCAGAGGCCAGCCGCUGUUGGUAGUAGUGCCAACCCGACAACUACACUUUGUGAUACUCUAGCAAUCGUUGUUCCACUACGAUAUUUAUUUUGUUUGAACGUUGCGUGUCAGCUUUCCUAACUAGUGUAUAAGUGCGUUGCGGUCCUAUAAUUGUUGAUGAUGUAGCGUCUAUUGCCGUUGGAUCAGUAUUCUAAACAAUGUGAAUAUUUUAGUAUAAGAAGAGGAUGAUCUCAAAUACAACCUGUACAUAAAUGUAUUUAUACCGACUGGAUUUCGUAUUGCAUGAAACGCAGUUUUAUUACCGACCCGAAAAUAGUUUUAUUUAAUCUCGUAAUUCGUUAUUCUUCACGAUAGCCUUACUUUAAUAUUUGAGUGUGAACUGAAUUAUUCGGUUAUUAUCGGUAAAUAACCAAUAUAUGUCGUUUAUUGCUAAAUCGAUGUGGGAUGAAGAUUGUGGAUUUAGUUUUGUUUGGUUUAUAUCGAGUUGAAAACAUUUAUAUUACUAAUUAAUUUAUUUGUAAAUAUGUCUAGAUUAGAAAAUAAUUACGUAUAAUGUUAAACCAGCAUAAUAUUACUUUCUCGUAAUCUUAAACAAAUUGGUACAAAAAAUAGAUGAUAGUUUGUUUUGUACUGAAAAAGAUUACAGCCUCCUAAUCUAGAUGGAAUUUGGUAGUCAAUUUUAGCAUUGCUCAAAUUACAUACUUAAUCAUCUUUAAAAUAUUGUCCAUAAUAUUUUGUGUAAUCACAGUUUAUUAUUCUUUUAACAAAUUGUCUGUUCCAUAAUCAAUUUUAUAUCUUGUCUACUGUGUUUUUGUUUAGAAUACUACUUUUUGAAAUUGAGGGGUUUUAAAAUAGUUUAAAAUGAUGUAUUGUAAAAUUCAAGAAUUUUAGUGUUGUAAUUUAUUUAAAUGUUUUUUGUGUAAUUCCAAAAACACAUAAUGAAAUAAUCUUUGGCUUUUAAACUGUAACUUAGAAAGACUGAUUUUAUUUGGUUAUGUGACAUUUAUUUCACUGCCAAAAUGAUUUGCACUGCCAAGUGUCCUUCAUAUUUUAACAUUGUUUAAUAUUAUUUCAUUUGUUAUUGGUCAUAUUGUCAUUUUCAUUUUCUUGUGUAAUUAUGUAUUUGUUACUUGUUUAGCGACCUAUUUGGUUUAAAUUAAAUUAAUUUUUUACAAUAAUUUUCCUUUCAUUUCUGGUCAAUAAACUGUUUUAAAGUGAAGACUUAAAACUGUUUAUAAGGUUUUGUAAUAUUUGGAAUUUUGUUUGUAAAUGUAAAAGAAAAGUAAGUUUAUUAUACCAUUAGUUUAGUGUAAGUUCAGAAAGUGUUCAUAUUUUCUGUUUUUAAUUAACGGAGCAUAACUAUAUGAAAGCAGUAAUUCUAGCACAUUUGCAUAAAAAUCAUAUUUGCUGAUUUGAAACUGAAACAAAGUGGCUAGUCAGCUGAGAAUUUCUCAUGUUAACUCAAUCAAGACACUGCUUUACAACUAGCAUUUUGUUGAUGUCAGACCAAAAUUGUUGUUUGAAAUUUGCGAAUUACAUAUAUAACAUUUUGGUUAAUGAAUACCUAAAGUUGUCUAGAAUAUACAGGACAUGGCAUAUGAACAAAAACUAUUUUUUAUUUUGUGGGAAAAAAUUGAGAUAACAUCUUUAGGAAUGGUAGUAAACUUAUGGAUGAACAGAUAUAAACUUCUAAUUCAAACUCUUCCUAGCAGUGUUGAGAUAACUGAUACAUGGUUAUUUAUUUGCAUUUCAUCACAAACCAAAAUAUUUGUAUAAUGCUCCCAUAAAUUGUCUUAAUUUACGAUUACAAAAUUUCGUAUUGUAAUAAUUAUAGAAAACUGCAAUGAAAAUAAACUUUUAACAUUUUACUAUUCCUAGAAUUUUUGUGUGUGUUGGUACUAAGAAUUAAUUUGAUAUUUGUAACUUAAUUACAUUUAAACACAUAAACCAAUAUUUAAAACUUUUAUUUUUGUGAGGCCUUUUGAUAGCAUGGCUAUCUUCGUCUUUUGUGAUGUGGCUGACGAAGAUAGCCUUGCUAUCGAAAGGCCACAAAAAAAAUAAAAGUUUUAGAUAUUGGUUUAUGUGUUUGAAUAUAAUUAAGUUAACAGUAGCCAAUAUAAGCUCCAUCUUCAACAUUGGUAUUUGUAGUACAUGAAAUAUUUGUAGUACAUGAAAUAUUUGUAAAAGCUGCUGUCGAAACAUAUCAAAAUUAAAUAUGAUACAAAUAACAAACAUAGAAAGCAUAAAAUAAAUUAAAUUAACACAGAUAGCAUAAAUAAAAUAAAUAUAGAAAGCCUAAAUAAAUGUAAAAUGAAACAUUUAUACUUUUUAGAAUGUAUUCUCAUGCUUGACGCUAUCAUUACCAAUAUUUUGUACUUUACCUCUAUUUUCAAAAUUGUUAAUUGAGAGUGCUUGGUAUUCUGAACUUUAACCCUUGAACUGUCAAUAUUUGAAUUGGUGGGGUUUGAAUAAGUUUUUCUACAGUAAAUCAACUUCCAUUAUACCACAUCUAUUGUUAACAUCAUGAUAUUGUGUGAAGUUUAUCAUUGUGGAUGGACGAUUUUAAAGCAUAAAUAAUAAAGAACACCAGUGUUAGUGGAUGGCAAAUGUUCUAAACCCCUUUGUCUGUUAUCCUAUGUAAUAUCACUAUAUCCUUUAAACUUCCAACUUAAAAAGAGUAGACCAACAUGUGUAGCAAAUGUGUUAGAAUGUUAAUAAUAAACAAGUUUAGUUUAAUGUAUUUUAAUCAGAGUUUCUUUUACAUAAUGUUAUCGGUUAUAUGCAAUCGUUUGAAGUGAAGUAAAAUAAUUCAUAUUAUUAAGCAUAAUUUUGGUACCUUUUUUCUUAAAUAUUUUCUACAAACUGCGUGUUUGUGGUUGUAAUCACCGUAAAUCCCUCUUGUAUGUAGUGUUCCAUUGAUCGUACUUGUUGCUGAUGUUUUGACCAAACAGAAAUGUAAAAGACACCUCAGGAUUGAAACUGUUGCCUAUCGUCGUACACUCACACGUUACAAAUAUACAAAUUAGAUUUUCAUGAAAACUGCUUUUAUUAUUGUUUAUUGAUGAACACAUUGAUUUGACAUUGUUAAAUUGUCGUUAACCUUUUUAGAACCAGAUGUUUUCUCUUUUGAGUGAUGAUGAGAUCUGCCUGAAUUUGUAAUUUUUCCAAUGACUUGAAAUAAUAAAAUGUACAAGUUAUGAGAGUUUAAAAAAGCGUUAAAUGAUUUAACUUUUGAGCUAUUGACAUUCACCUGUUCUUUUUUGCGAUCUGUCAGAGAGUUGGAGUUUCAGUAAACACACAUGGAUUGUGCUGAUUGUAUUUAGCGGAUUCUCAGACACUUGCGCCCAGACCACCUGUUACAGUCUAUUCAGUUGCAAGUUACCAGCUUUUUCAUUAAUCACCAAUAACUUAAACAAACAUGAAAAAACUUUAACGGCACUACUCCAAGUAUUUUAAUAAAGCUGUAUACUUUAUAUAUAUAUAUAUAUAUAUAUAUAUAUAUAUAUGUAUGGUGUUGAUUUGUAGAACAAAUCCAGAACUUUGGCAGACGAAGUAGAAUAUCAUGAUUAAGGUGAAAUUAAAAAGUUCUUGUUUGAUUUAACAAUAAAACUAUAAAAAUUGUAAGUUAUUCAUUUAUAUUGAUCGACUUUUGUGAUUAAUAAAUAAAUAAGGAAUCGAGAAAAAUAAAUAAAAGUAAAACAUAACCAUAUUUUGCCAAUUAUUUUCAAGAAUUACAACAACUUGAUUAGAAUACUAACAUAAUUAUUGUGGGAAUAUUUUAUAUAGUUAUGUAGGGUUUCCAAUCACUGAUGAUGUACAAUCAAAUCUACAAAAAAUUGGGUGGCAUAUCUUCCACUUUAUCCACUAAUUAACGUGCCAUUGUUGACCUGUUUGGUCCUAAAAGGGUUAAGACAUGAAACAAUAAAACCAAUGUGUCCCUAGAUGUAAAUUACAAAGGCUGUGCAGAUACUGUAUAUAAUUUUUUAAUUUAAUUGUUAAAGUGGUGGAGUGAAAACAGUGCCUCUCGUACAUUAUCUGCACAGCUUCGCUCGUAUCAGGAACACCAGUGUCUUGCAACAAGAGUUGCGUAGUUGUGUUCACUGCCAUUUAGAUAUUGUGUUCAGUUCAUGUUGCCAACUAGAUGUUCAGUAUUUUCUAUCUCAAGUAUUUGUUUCUUGUAUCGAUCUCUUGUAAUUUGUUGAUCCUCACGAUGUUUGUAACCAUGCAAUAUAUUCGGUGUUCUUAGGGUAUGUACCAACGUCAGAAUGAGUUUUCCGGGUGUAAUAGUAAGGCAUUGUUAAUAUCUGCCAUACUUACCCUGAGCUUAUUCCCGGGUUUCUUUAGACGAUCACAGUUUGGCAUUAAAUUGAUAUUAUCGUUAAUAGAUGGAAUCAAGUGUAACUUGAAUGAAAGUUCUUUAGGAAGGAAUUUCAGUAUUCUAUUUUGGAAUGAAUUUUAGUUACAAAUAUCAAAAUUAAAACGAGUCGUACCAUAGCUGUUUAUAAUUGUACAAAACAAAACUAUAAUGUAAAAUGUUUUUUCCCAGAUAUAAAUGUCAGAUAUUAAAUUGUAAUGGUGUAAUACUUUAUUAAUUUUCUAUUCAUAACAUGUUAGUUUUAAUUAUUUAAUGAAUGGAAGCUGAUAAAAUAGUAAAAGAAUUGUAUUUUAGUUUGAUAUGUAUGAACUUAAAGUGUGAAAUAAACGUACUUGUACUAAAAUCAGAGCUUUAAAAUAGUUUAGGUGUUAUUGAUUGUUUGUAGUACUGUUUAUUUGUGAAUUUCUCAAUUUUAUAAAACUUCACAAUAACAAUCUACUCAUAUCAUAGAAACAAACUAUGUCCAGUCUUUCAGGAAGGCUUCAAAACCGAUCUCAAAAACAUUUUUCUUCCCUUUAGCUGUAUCCAUAUUUCUCUAGUUUACUGAUCGCCAGAUAUAUUUUAUAAUGUGACAUAUUGUAGAGUUGUAUUGUAAGGGAUGACUGUAUAAAUGAUUAUUUAUUUAUGAUGAGUUGAGUCGCGUUGCGAGAAGGUGCCUGCAAGGUUCGGUCAGACAGCCAGAUCACUGCCACUGUAAUAUCCGUGUCGUCGCACCAGCCUGCCGCUGCCUGCAUACAUACAGAUAUCGUAUAUAGAAAUAAAUAUAUUGUACAUAGUAACUAUUGAUUAAUUAUUAUAUCCAACACUGAUUGAAAAUAUUGUAAUUAGUAAAAUAAUAAAUUCAGUGUUCUAAGA